CAAGGUGAGCUUCAUGACCAGCCAUAUGAAAUCACUGAAAUAUUUGGACAUGAGCAAAAACUUGCUGCAUCACGAUGGGGCUGAGGGGCGCUGCGAGUGGGCGAACUCACUGGCAGAGCUGGACUUGUCCUCCAAUCAGUUGACGGAGUCUGUGUUUGAGUGCUUGCCCGUCAAUAUCCAAAUCCUGGAUCUACAAAACAACCAGAUCGCAAGCGUCCCGAGGGGGAUUGCUGAGCUGAAGUCCUUGAAAGAGCUGAAUCUUGCAUCAAACCGGCUGACUGACCUGCCCGGGUGCAGCGGCUUUCCUGCCCUGGCAGCCCUGAACAUAGAGAUGAACUCAAUCCUCACGCCGUCUGCCGACUUCUUCCAGAGCUGUCAAAGGGUGGGGGAGCUACAAGCAGGGCACAAUCCGUUCAAGUGCUCCUGCGACCUGCGAGACUUCAUCCGCCUGGAGAAGCAGUCUGGGGGGAAGCUGUCGGGCUGGCCGGGGGCCUACGUGUGCCGGUACCCAGAAGACUUGCAGGGAACCCAGCUGAAGGACUUUCACUUGAGUGAACUGUCUUGCAACACCACUCUCUUGCUUGUGACAGCUCUGCUCCUGACGCUGGUGCUGGUGGCUGUCGUGGCCUUUCUGUGCGUCUACUUUGAUGCGUUGUGGUACGCGCGGAUGAUGUGGCAGUGGACGCAGAUGAAGCGGAGGGCUUGGCACAGCUACCCCCAAGAGCAGGAGAACAUGCUGCAGUUUCACGCUUUCAUUUCAUACAGCGAACGUGAUUCUUUGUGGGUGAAGAACGAGCUGAUCCCAAACCUGGAGAAGGGGGAGGGCUGUGUGCAGCUGUGCCAGCACGAGAGGAAUUUCAUCCCGGGCAAGAGCAUUGUGGAGAAUAUCAUUGACUGCAUAGAGAAGAGCUACAAGUCGGUCUUUGUGCUGUCUCCCAACUUUGUGCAGAGCGAAUGGUGCCACUAUGAGCUGUACUUUGCCCAUCACAAGUUAUUUAGUGAGAACUCCAAUAGCUUAAUCCUCAUUUUACUGGAGCCGAUCCCUCCGUAUGUCAUUCCUGCCAGGUAUCACAAGCUGAAGGCUCUCAUGGCCAAGAGGACCUACCUGGAGUGGCCGAAGGAGAGGAGCAAGCAUGCCCUUUUCUGGGCUAACUUGAGGGCAGCUAUUAACAUUAAUCUG